CUGACCGACAGGUGGGAGGCCGUCAGAGGAGUCCUGUCUGCAGUGCAGACUCAGUCUGUGACUGCUGGUGAGUCAGCUGGACCUUUCUAGGACAGCUCUCUAUCAAACCAGCUUCGAUCCCUGAGAAGAUAAUUUUGAAGGCGUACUUUGCUGAGAAGACAGCUGCGAACAGUUGUCCGAAUGGGAUGAACACGCCUCAGCUGACUGACUAUCGGCUGGAGUUUGAACGCUGACGCUGCUCAUCGCGUACUCUCACCUAGUGAUGCACCUACUCUUACAGUGCCCAUUUCAUUGUGCUUGUCUUGAUUAAAGAAUUCAAAGUGGAGUACCGCAAACUUGAUAUGGAUAAUAAAAAGAAAGACAAGGACAAAUCUGAUGAUAGAAUGGCACGACCCAGUGGUCGAUCAGGACACAGCACUCGAGGAACUGGCUCUUCUUCCUCUGGAGUUUUAAUGGUUGGACCUAACUUUAGAGUUGGGAAAAAAAUUGGAUGUGGCAAUUUUGGAGAAUUACGAUUAGGGAAAAAUUUAUACACAAAUGAAUAUGUGGCGAUUAAACUGGAGCCCAUGAAAUCCAGAGCACCACAGCUGCAUUUGGAAUACAGAUUCUACAAGCAGUUAGGAUCUGGAGAUGGUAUACCUCAAGUUUACUAUUUUGGCCCUUGUGGUAAAUACAACGCUAUGGUGCUGGAACUGCUGGGACCUAGUUUGGAAGAUUUGUUUGAUCUUUGUGAUAGAACGUUUUCUCUUAAAACGGUUCUUAUGAUAGCUAUACAACUGAUUUCUCGCAUGGAGUAUGUCCACUCAAAGAACUUGAUAUACAGAGAUGUGAAACCUGAGAACUUUCUAAUAGGACGACCAGGAAACAAAACCCAACAAGUCAUUCAUAUUAUAGAUUUUGGGUUGGCAAAGGAAUAUAUUGAUCCAGAGACAAAGAAGCAUAUACCAUACAGAGAACACAAAAGCCUUACUGGAACAGCUAGAUACAUGAGCAUAAACACACAUCUAGGAAAAGAGCAGAGUAGAAGAGAUGACUUAGAAGCUUUAGGACAUAUGUUCAUGUACUUCCUGAGAGGCAGUCUUCCUUGGCAAGGCUUAAAGGCUGACACAUUAAAAGAGAGGUAUCAGAAAAUUGGCGACACGAAACGAGCUACACCAAUAGAAGUGUUGUGUGAAAAUUUCCCAGAAGAAAUGGCAACAUAUCUUCGUUAUGUACGAAGGCUAGAUUUUUUUGAAAAGCCAGACUAUGAUUACCUAAGAAAACUUUUUACCGACUUGUUUGAUCGCAAAGGAUAUAUGUUUGAUUAUGAAUACGACUGGAUUGGUAAACAAUUGCCUACUCCAGUUGGUGCCGUUCAGCAAGAUCCUGCUCUGUCAUCGAACAGAGAAGCACACCAACACAGAGAUAAGAUGCAGCAGUCUAAAAACCAGUCGGCAGACCACAGGGCAGCUUGGGACUCUCAGCAGGCAAAUCCCCAUCAUUUGAGAGCUCACCUUGCAGCAGACAGACAUGGUGGCUCGGUACAGGUUGUAAGUUCUACAAAUGGAGAGUUAAACACAGAUGACCCCACAGCAGGACGAUCAAACGCACCCAUCACAGCCCCUACAGAAGUAGAAGUGAUGGAUGAAACCAACUGCCAGAAAGUAUUGAAUAUGUGGUGCUGCUGUUUUUUCAAACGAAGGAAAAGGAAAACCAUACAACGUCACAAAUGACUGGACACAGAGAUCCUGGGGAGUUACUUACAUGUUCACAUGCUGUCUCGUGAUUAAAAUCAUCUCUGUAGUGACCACAUAUAUUUUCAAGGACUCACUCUUGAAACAGAAAUGUCAUACUUUCACAUUUCAUUUUGUGGUUGUCUUACAUUCAUUUCUCCUCCUAAUUUAACUUUAUGGAAGCUUUAAAAUUUUAUCAAAUGUGAGUGCUUUGCCCAUCAUUGAAUGGAAUGGACCAAUGAAGUGGUAUUGAUGAACACAGUUCCAGAGGACAUUUUCCAGAACCUCUUCUGUUACAGAAAACAAUACAGGUGUCUAAAGUGUCAAUUAAUUGCACCUAAUUUGAUUUUUUAUGUCUUCUAUGAAAGCAUAAUCAAACAGGAAUUCUCUUCCCAAUGGAUAGUGCAGCAGACAAAACAGUUGCCCAAAUAUUAAAAACAGCUUUCAUGAAAAGCUCCUAUUUUGUGACAUCUGCAUUGAUUUCAGUAUGGCUUAUGGUACUGUUAUUCAUGACUCAUAUUGACAUUCUCUCUGUGAAAUCAAGGUACAGUCACUGUCCAGAGGUACUGAGGAAAAGUACUAUGGGACUGGGAAACGGUGGUGGUAAUAAAUCAGAAGAAAUGUGGGAAAUAAGAGCUCAGCUUCUGUUGUGCACUGUGUAAAGUACAGCUGCAGAAGUGGCAGAAGCACCGAUUUGUAUAGUGUCACUCUAUGCUUCCAAGUGAUAAUGUAUGCUAGAUAGCAAAAAAAUGAAUGCUGGAGAAGUAAUGUAUGUUGGAGCUGGAAAAAUACACUAAGGAAAGGAAAUAAAUGUGAAACUUACUGCAGUGUGUAAGGCUGGAGCCCUUGAAGCCUGUUGUUGGAUGGCCGCAUCUCCCAGAAGCAGAAGUCUGAGGAUGUGCCAUACAGUGGUGGCUGUUUGUUAUGUAGUUCUUCAAUUAAAGGAAAGAAACAUACUCCCAGCAGAAAGCACUGGGUCACUCUGCUGCCCUCUGUGCACAUUAGUCUCUUGUUUUCAGCUUUGCUAGUUCUCUGGACUCUCCUGUCUUGAGCAUCGUGUUGAUGAUGGGAGAUUGUUUGGCGAGGGUGGGCCAGGUGCUUUGCCUUCAUAGCUUUCACAGUGCUGCAAAUGAACAAAGAACAGUUCUGUUAGUAGUCAGACCUUCCUUUGCAAGUGUGCUUUGUUUGAAGCCAUAGGACACAGGCAUGCUUCUGUUUCUCAAGAGUGAAAACAAAAGACUGGCUAGGAAGAUACUGUUGAUCACAUCACACAUCCUCUUUCAUUUAUAAAAUUGUUGCUCUGUCCAUGCAGUCUCUUCUCUGUCAUAAGUGUGAACCUUCAGGUAUGCUUAUUUAUUUUUUUUUGUCUCAAGGUAACAUUUAAAAUAUAUAUUAAAGGAAAUGAAUCCAUCUUUUUUACUUCAUUAUUGAAUUUGCAGGUAUUUAAUUGUAUUUUGUAAUUUAUUUUUCUUAUUAGCCAAAAGUUCAAUGAGUUGCUUUCGAUGAAUUGGGCACCCAUAUGAACAUCACGAAUCAGGACAUUGUUUAUCAUUGUUUCUUCUAAUCCAAUAAGCAAUCUUUUUUCUUGAUUUUGAAGACCUAUAUUCAACCUAGAAAACAUUUGCUGUAUAUUUGGUCAGCAGUUUCCAUUCUAUUGAUAAACUGUCAUGAUGUCUAAACUUCAGGAGUUAAAUACUGAAUUUUUGGUUUUGUUUGCUCUGAGCAAGGUAGAUGGAUGUUUUGGCCAUUUAUAAUGUGAAACCACUUCUUUACAGUAUUUGACCAAAUUUGUGUGUCUGUGAUAUUUGUAAAUACAUGCGAUAUCUGUAUUUCUUAUCAUAAGCCUAUUUAGUUUUAUUCUCAGUAGGGUUUUUUGGACUGUACAGUGUUUAUAUGAUCUGAACUCCUUAUACAUAAGAAGGUGUGUAUAUUAAUCCAAUUAUGGACUUAAAUAUUUUAAAAGUAUGAAUACCCUUAUUUGCUGCAAAGGCCAGUGUGUAGACAUUUGCUUUUUAGCAAUAUUUUUAAGUGCUCCAUUUUAGUGUCAGAGAAUGAGUCUUUGACACGCAGACUGGUCAGUAAUAGGUAAUGCAGGAAUGUUCAGGUUAAGCCAACAAUGUUUUGCAUUUUUAUGCUUCUUUUCUGUCAACACUAAUGAAGUCAACGUUGCCUGAAUGUCUGAAUACUGAAACACAGCCCUGUUUAAAAGUGUGUAACUGAAAAAGACAUAAAUAAAGGUAGUUUUUUUAAA